AUGUUGCCCUCUGGCCCGACAAAAGUGCAACAUUUUCUGCCCCUGCCAAAUCGUAAGGAUGUAAAUCGCUUAAUUUUAUUAAGUUCACUAAAAGAAAUUGCGAAUGAUUUGGUGGAUUCUUCCUCGUCAUCAACUGAGAAUGAAAUUGAAACGUUAGUUCUUGGAAGAAAUUCACAGCCUAGAGUAAACAGAUUUGUGGACGAUGUUGUUAACUUUUAUUCUGAGGCAGAGUUCAAGAAAAACUUUCGCGUCAGUCGUGACCUUACCGAAUAUCUUGUCGCUAAAUAUUCUGCGAGCACAUGGUUUAUAACAAGGAACUACAAAGGAGGAAGACUGCAAACACCAGCGGAAUCUCAUAUGCUCGCAUUUUUGUGGUUUGCCGCGAAAAAAACCACUUUCAGAGAAGUUGGAAAUAUAUUUGACAUGUGUUUGUCAAAUAUGUAUAAUACCUUCAACAAAGUUUUGAACUUUCUUGUUAGGGAUAUCGCACCGGAAGCAAUAAAGUUUCCCAAUGAAACCCAUGAAAAAGAAGUAAUCGCAAAAGCAUUUGAAAAUAUAGCUGGAUUCCCGAAUGUCUUGGGUUGCAUAGAUGGAAGUAUCCAUCACUCGAAGUUACGUUUCUUGGAUGUAUUCACUGGAGUGCCUAGCAUAAUCCAUGACGCAAGAGUUUUGAGAUUGUCCUUCAUUGGAAAGGAGUUAUCAAGUGCAUGUGCACCUAAGUACCAUUUGUAA